AAGAGUUUAGUGCAAAACAUACCCGAAUGACUAAUACAAGAAUAGCUGAAGAAAAUGAAUAUUAACUAAAAACUAUAUUGUGAAUUGGAAUUGGGUUACAGUCUCGUUAUUUACUCGGCGCAACCAAUAAAUUUUAAAAGUGCUUGAAGUUAUAACAAGGUCACAUUGACCCAACUUUGAAUACUCUGUAGAAACAGCAGUUGCUAAUAGAAGGAUGGCUAAACAGUGGCGUAAUAGCGUGGUCGAUUGGACGUAUUUAUGUAUACCCAUGAAAUUUCCGAUUUCCAUACUCCGAGAAGUAAUCAUUAAAGAAAACGACUACAAUUCAGUAUUAAUAGUACCGUGAGAGUGUUCAUGUCUUUCUGAUAUAGAUAGGACGUGUGCCAAUGGCUAUGGUCAUAAAGUGAUUAUAAAGGUAAACUUAAAUAGAUAUUACAAGAUGGAAUACACGCGCUUAAGUAACCAAGAGGAAGAUGAUCUGAUUUCUCCACGGAUCGCGAAUCGCUCACGGUAUCUUCUCUUAGUAACUCUUAUUUUUGGAGGCAGUUUCUUCCUCUUUUUUCUCAACAACUACACAAGUGACAUCACAUACUACAGAAAAGAGUCCAUAUUUAAUCAGCGUAUUGUUGAUAAUGACGAGUUUUUUGAUAUCAAUACCGAGGGAUGUAUUAUACCUGUCAUGAAACCUCUAGAUGAAUCCAUUAUUGAGUUUGUUAAAUAUCCCAAAGAAUUACCACCGUGUCCUAAUUCUAAUUAUCCUCUAACUGAACAUAAUUAUACUCACUUAUGGAUAAACAAAAAUAACGAAACCCUAUUACAUUACAAAAUAAACAAUCAAGAACAUCUUACUUGUUGCUACAAAUCAUUUUACCGACCAAAAGCCGUUAAAGAUGUAUACUCGCAUAAUAUCGAUGACCGGAUAGUUUACAACAAAUGUGUCAGAUUUUCCGAUGUAAUAAAAGUUCUCAGUGAUGAGUUUGUUGCAGUCGAGUGUUUUUAUGGUGAAAAAACAGUGUACAAACAGUAUUAUAUAUUCGCACCUAAAAAAAAAAUUAUCUUGCACGAUAAAGCAGUAGAAAUCCCUGAAAAUAAGUCCGCUUACAAUGUUAUAAUUUUAGGAAUUGAUAACGUGUCAAGAAUGAAUUUUCAUCGUACCAUGCCUAAAACUCUACACUAUCUUUUAGACAACGGUGCUAUAGAGCUAAUGGGUUAUAAUAAAGUAGGUGACAACUCAUACCCAAAUCUAGUAGCCUUACUAUUAGGCCACAAUGCGGUAGAAGUUAAACAGAUUUGUCAGCCGUUCGAUCACGUUCCAUUUGAUGAAUGUCCAUUUCUUUGGCAUUGGUAUAAAGAGGCUGGUUAUUAUACAGCAUUUGGUGAAGACAUCUCCUCCCUUGGGACAUUUAAUUAUCUUAGCGAUGGCUUUGUGAGAAUACCUACCGACUAUUACAUGCACCCAUUCUUGUAUGAGGCUGAGAAGAAAGUUGGUACUAAUAAACAACUUAAUUCAAAGGUAUGUAUGAGCGAUAAAUAUUCAUACAAGGUUCUUUUGGAUUACGUUGAACGUUUAACAGUCACACUAAACCAUUCUAAAAUGUUCGCUUUCUUCUGGGAAAUCACUAUGAGCCAUGAUUAUUUAAACUAUCCAAUGAUUAUGGAUGAUAAUUACUUAGAGUUUUUAAAGAGACUGGAAGUAAAUAAAUAUUUAGAUAAAUCGAUAUUUAUUGUAAUGAGCGAUCAUGGAAUGCGAUGGGGUUCAAUACGAUCAACGAAACAAGGAAGAUUAGAGGAACUUUUACCUUUCGUAUUUAUAUUAACGCCACCUUCAUUUAAGAAUACUUAUCGAGAUGCCUUUACGAACUUGAUGAUUAAUAGUCGGCGUCUUGCUACCCCAUUUGAUAUGCAUGAAACAUUGUUAGAUCUUAUUGAUUUAGAUAAAAUUAAGGAUAAAAAGAUUGCAUUACGAACAAAAGAGUCAUAUGCGACAGAAAGAGGUAUUAGCUUAUUUCUGCCCGUACCAACAAAUCGCACAUGUAAAGCGGCUGGAAUAUCGGAUCAUUGGUGUUCUUGUCAUAUCAGUAAACAAAUUUCUCCGUUGAAACCAAAAGUGAAAGAGGCCGCUAAUCAAUUGGUAUCGCAAAUUAAUCAUUCUUUGAAGGAUCAUCCACGUUGUGCAAAUUUAUCACAAGUCGAUAUUUUAAGUGCUUCAAAAAUGGUUACCGUUACAAAAGAUAAAACAGACAAAGAUUGGACAGAAUAUUUAGUUGUUGUAAAAACUGAACCGGGCGACGGAGUAUUCGAAGCUACACUGAGAAAUACAAAUGGCAAUUGGUCAUUGAAAGGUACAGCGAGUCGUCUCAAUUUAUAUGGAAAUCAAAGCUGGUGUGUUGACAAAGCUCAUCUAAAAUUGUAUUGUUUCUGUAUUUAAAACUAGAUUUAGUUUAUGUUGCUUUACGUAGAUUGUAUACAUUUUGUGCCAUUGAAAUAAAUAUUUGUAAAAGAAAUAAUUGAAAUAGGUUCUUUUUUUGUUUUGUGCCUAAUGUUAGCUAUACC